AAAAAGAAAAAAGCCUAAAAACAGGCUACAAAGCCCAAAUACAGCACUAUCUGGGGGAGCUCUAUUAGCUGCCCAAUUGUCAAAACAGAAUUUCUGAUGUUAUCAAAGAAAAUGCCAGCCUACUACUAUCUGAAUCAGCCAAGUGAGUGGAGCACUACUGUUCUCUACUGUGGUACGUGAUGGUACAUGAUCACCUGACAAAUAUUCCAGGAGUGCUUGGGCUCCUGGCCAACUAAAGUCUUGGCUUUGUAGACAAAGCAAAUGGACCAAUUCAUAUCUCAGUUGUCAGAUCUCUUCAGAAAAUGAGUUUGUGAAACAAAAUUCCUGUUAGCCUCAUGGAUUGCAGCUUAGAACCCACUGACAGUUCUAUGGGGGAGCCAAGCCCAGGCUUCUUUGCCUGACUGGUGUUUUGUUUUUAACUUUAUGUGUAUAGUUUUCCUGCCAUGUAUGAUGGUGCACCACAUAUGUGUCUGGUACCUGUGGAAGCAAGGAGAGGAUAUUGGCUCCCCAAGAACUGGAGUUAUAGAUGGUUGUAAGCUGCUGUGUGGGUUCUGAGAGUUGAACUUGGCUUACCAGAAUGAGCCUCCAGAACGGUGUGAGCUAACCAUGUACCUGAAAUCUUAAGGUAAAAAACUCCAUCUGUCCUUGUGGUUAUGCACACAUAGAAGCCAUGAAUUCUCUGUGUAGCACCAACAAUUCUGGUUCUGUUCCUCUACAAGUCACUGAAUACCUAAGCCCUUCCUGAGGAACAAGCUUAUAGACACCCACGUGCUCCUGCUCUCUCUCUCUCUCCCUCUCUCUCCCUUUCCUCUCUCUUUCUCCCUUUCCUCUCUCUCUCUCUCUCUCUCUCUCUCUCUCUCUCUCUCUCUCUCUCUCUCACACACACACACACACACACACACACACACACACACGCACACGCUGGUCUCUGGAAAACUGUGCACUAUGUGCUGCCUGAAAUUGGCCCCAUACUGCCCUCCAGAACCUAAGAUGAGAGAGAAGAAAUCAUAGGCAAGCGUUAAGUAAACAGCAACUCAGGGAACUGGCUGUAUUUUAUCUUCUUGACCUUGAGCACUACUUAAGACUGUGGGUCUUGGGGAUGAGUGAUUCUUCCCUAAAAUAGAGGGAUCAUCUCAAAGAAAGCCCAAAGGGCUAAACAUCUUCAGAGUCGGUCUCUCUGGCCUCUAAAAUGUGGCCAAAUAUCUGUGCCAACAUCUUCCCUUGAACCUGGUGCUGGGAGUUCACUUUUCUCUGCUUGAUCUCUGAGCUACCGACUUAAGCCGUGCUCAUGGAACCUUCUAAUAGGGAUGAAAUGCCUAUACCGGUGCCAGUGUUUUAAAUUCUCGAACUAUCGCCAUCGCUAUUAAUAAACAGCCUAGCCUCACAGUUCCCCUGGGCCAGCCUAGACCCCACCAAGCGACUGACACGAUUCCCCCAGAGUAUCUUCUAGGGCCUCUUCCCGGCGGGUCGUGACUGUUUGGGGACAACCCCGCCCGCUGGGAACGACUAAAUUAGCUGCGCGAUUGCGGCAGGAAUGCGGCGCGCAGGCACCUGAUCUCGCGCGGUGGCUCCCAGUCUCCGUGUCCCGCUUUGGACCAAGCGCCUGGGCCUCCCGAUCCUGUGUGCGAGGGGCGGAGGGAGGCACGAGGCACGAACACCCCGCAAGCGCACGCACACUUACUUUUCCCGUUUUACCGCCGAGUUGAGACGCCGUUCUUUCCCGCGCUGGACAAGGCGUGGCCGCUCUGGCCUGGCCCUGCCCCCGUCCGGCCCCGCCCCCUCAGGUUGAUGGCAGCAGCAGCUGGGACUGCAGCGGAGCCUGCAGCCGAGAGCCGCAGGCAGCGGCCGGAACUCGCUGGCCUGAACGCACCGACGCCUCCUCCCUCGUCCCUCCGCGUACCCCGGCCCGCUCCGCAGAGGAGUCGCAUCGUGAGCACCUCCGCCCGGCUUAGGACCAGCUCACAGGAUUAAGGACCAGCCUGCCUCUAGGCUCUGAUAUCUUUGCCCCAGCCAUGAGCCGUCGUGUGGUUCGGCAAAGCAAGUUCCGCCAUGUGUUUGGUCAGGCAGCAAAGGCCGACCAGGCCUAUGAGGACAUCCGGGUAUCCAAGGUCACAUGGGACAGCGCCUUCUGUGCCGUCAACCCCAAAUUUCUAGCCAUUAUUGUGGAGGCUGGAGGUGGAGGCGCCUUCAUUGUCCUGCCUCUGGCCAAGACAGGACGAGUGGAUAAGAACUACCCACUGGUCACUGGACACACUGGCCCUGUGCUGGACAUUGACUGGUGCCCACACAAUGACAACGUCAUCGCCAGUGCCUCAGAUGACACCACUGUCAUGGUGUGGCAGAUUCCAGACUACACCCCAGUGCGAAACAUCACAGAACCUGUCAUCACACUCGAGGGCCACUCCAAGCGUGUGGGCAUCCUGUCUUGGCAUCCUACUGCCAGGAAUGUCCUGCUCAGUGCAGGUGGUGAUAAUGUGAUCAUCAUCUGGAAUGUGGGCACUGGGGAGGUACUGCUGAGCCUAGACGACAUACACCCUGACGUCAUCCACAGCGUGUGUUGGAACAGCAAUGGUAGCCUGCUAGCCACCACUUGCAAGGACAAGACCUUGCGUAUCAUUGACCCCCGGAAGAGUCAAGUGGUUGCGGAGCGAGCCCGGCCUCACGAGGGCGCCCGCCCGCUGCGGGCCGUCUUCACCGCAGACGGGAAGCUGCUCAGCACCGGCUUCAGCAGGAUGAGUGAGCGGCAACUCGCACUCUGGGACCCGAACAACUUCGAAGAACCAGUGGCCCUGCAGGAAAUGGACACAAGCAACGGAGUGUUACUACCAUUCUACGAUCCUGACUCCAGCAUCGUCUACUUGUGUGGCAAGGGUGACAGUAGCAUUCGGUACUUUGAAAUUACGGACGAACCACCUUUCGUGCAUUAUCUGAACACAUUUAGCAGCAAAGAACCGCAACGGGGCAUGGGUUUCAUGCCCAAGCGGGGACUGGAUGUCAGCAAAUGUGAAAUCGCCAGGUUCUACAAGCUACACGAACGGAAGUGUGAACCCAUCGUCAUGACUGUACCUCGAAAGUCAGAUCUGUUCCAGGAUGACCUAUACCCGGACACGCCUGGCCCCGAGCCAGCCCUGGAAGCUGAUGAGUGGCUAUCGGGUCAGGAUGCAGAACCUGUGCUCAUUUCGCUGAAGGAAGGCUACGUUCCCCCCAAACACCGUGAGUUCCGGGUCACCAAACGCAACAUCCUAGAUGUGCGCCCGCCGGCCAGUCCUCGGCGCAGCCAGUCAGCCAGCGAAGCCCCCUUGUCGCAGCAGCACACCCUAGAGACACUGCUGGAGGAGAUGAAGGCCCUCCGAGAGCGGGUGCAAGCCCAAGAGGAGCGCAUUACCGCGUUGGAAAACAUGCUGUGUGAGCUGGUGGAUGGCACGGACUAGCACUGCACACGCGCUGCGAAGCUCUGCACACUGCAGACCCAACGGGGCAGGGCGCACCGAUUGGCAGCGCCGGCUUUUGGACUGGGACCCGCACCCUGCCUCCCGGGGUUGGAAUUAGUGGGGAGAUCGAGAAGAAACUCCCUCUCCCACAGGAGGCCUGAACACACGGAUCUUAAGUGGCUCCGUACUAGGUCCCCGGACUUUACAGGCCUCUGGGGAGCCCGGGAUAAUGUGGCCUUAGCAGUGGUGCUUCAUGGUGAGGUGGUGUCCCUCUCUGUCCCUUACCUUGGGCAGAGGAAGCGCUUAGCAUUAGUGUGAUGCCUGGGGAUGCUGAGGGGCUUAGUAGGCCUGACCUCACAAGAACAGUGAUUCAACAGGUAUCUCCAGAAUCUCAGGAAAUUUCCAAAAAUUUCUCAUAGUAAGAAAUUAUUCUGUUGCCGGAGUUUAACCCGCUGGCUUCAAACAUCAGUCAUGGCAGUGGGCUCUUCCCAUCUUCCCACUUCCAGAGAGGGCAGCUUCUUGGACACAAACAGACCCCACCAGAGAAAUCUCAGGAGAACUGGCACAGGGAAGCAGGUUCAAAACACACACAGACACACACACACGCACACACACACACACACACACACACACACACAUACACAGCCUCCAAUACUCUGCUGAAUCUUUUAAAAACACCGAGGCAUAACUAAUGAAAUAUUUUACUAAGUACACGUCUGUGCCUCCUACACGGAGAGCCAAUAUGCUGCCCCCAUCCCCAGGGCACUAUGAGAACCAGGCCUUGCCCAAACUAGGGGGUACCUCAGUCCCUUUUUGGAAGCCUGAGGAAGCCUAGCAAAUGCAAGCUGGACUGAGGCCCCACCACGUAGCUUUUUACCCAGGUCAUCCAUCUUUGCACUGAAGUUCCCAAGACCUCACCCACCACCCACCCACCCCCGUGGGCACUUCUCCCCAAUAAAGUUAGGUAGAAACGCA